AUGGCAGCAAGCACAAUGCCCGAUUCCGCUUGGCGCUCGCUGCACGAGACGCACCUAGCCAACCUUCGCAGCCACCGCGCGCUGCUCGACCACCUGGCCAGCCUUCAUGGUGGCGCUCACGCCAACCCGGAGCUCGACGCGAUGCGGGCGCGCGCCGAGCGCAUAUGGGAGGAUGCUGUGCGGGCCGGGGAGAUCAUAAUGGGCGUCACAAGCGAUGCUGAGAUGCCGACACCGGCUUCGUCGAAAGAUCGGACAAGGAGGAUAUCGAGUGGGUUGGAGAUAUCGGCGCCGGGAAGCCCAACUGCCGGCAGGGAAGCAGACGAGGAUGGCGGUGUGGCUGACGGGGAAGAGGAAGACGAGGAGGUGGUGGAAUUGGAGGAAGAUGGUGCGGCGGACGUGGAUAUGGACAACAGGGUGGACAGCAGCAAGCGCAUCGUCGUGGCAAAUAUUCCGCCUGGUGCGGCGGCGAGCGACGUCUGGCAGCACCUGAGCGGGUACAAUCCUAUCAAAUUCAAGAACCCCAUCCGCCCGCCCAAGCGCUCCGAAAUCCACGUCUACGCCCUCCCAGCCGGCCCCGCCCACACCAACGGCUUCGCAAAGAUCGCCCUCCGCUCCGCUGCCGCCGCCGCGCGCGCCGUCCGCGACCUCGACGGAACGUGCUUAAGAGCACACCACAUCAACAACCAACGCAAUCUUAGUAGUAAUAACGACCAUGGCCUCAUCAUCCGCCGCUACCGCGCCACCGCACCGACGACGGGUACCGACGACGACGUAGCAGGGGCCCGAACGAAGAACAAGAAGCGCUUGCGGCGCGUCUCGUCUGGAGAGCAUCUGGCACAGCAGCAGCAGCAACGGGACAGCAAGAGGCAGCGCAUGGACAACGCCGGCGAUGAGCGCAGUGGAGCUGCUGCUGCUGCUGCUGCCGCCGCUGCCAACAACGCGUCGGCCAACGCCCCCGCCACGCCCUCGUUCCCAUUCACCUUCACGGCUAUUCUCACGCAGGCGCCGCCACCACCGCCACCGCCACCGCCGGCGGUCGAGCAGGAACCGGAGUUCGAGGAUAUCAGCGCCGAGGUCGAGGCGAGGCUGGCGGAACAGGCCGCCAGGCGCGCGGCGGUGCGGCAGAAGAUGGGCGCCGCCUCGACGACGGGGAAGAGGCGGAGGAGGUCGGUGGAGGAUGCGUCAAGGCAGGUGGGAAUGGAAGAGGAAGACGAGGCGGCGAUCGCGGGGAUAGCGGGGAUGGUGCUGGUGGAUAGGAGACCGCGGAAGAGGAUGAGGGAGGGGAUGGCGGUGGAGGCUGAGGAUGGUGCGGCGAAGCAGCAGCAACAGCAACAGCAACAGAUGAACGGGGGUCCGACAUCGAGGGCGAGGGGGAGGAAGGAUAGGAGGAAGGCGGUUAGGGAGAGGGGAGAACGGGUGGAUGAGAGUCCGCGCCCGGCGAAGAGAUCACGGAAGAGUAUGUGA